CAUCUACUGCAAGACUUCUUCAAUGUCCCACCCUCCACUACCUCCAGAGCCAUACCCUUCUUUCUUUUCCCAUCUCAUUGUUGCAACCACUAACUUAGUUCUUUCUCUCUCUUAUCUCUUGGGAUUCUCUAAGUCAACUCCUUGUCUGUAGUAUAAAUACCUGACAUUAAGCUCAUCAGUAGCAUCCAAAACAAGUGACAACGAAGUGCGGUAACUUAAUUAAGCCUUCUCUUCUCUUCCUAUUACACCAUUUAUUAUUAGUUUACGUUUGUUCUUUCAAGUUUGUUUUGAAUAAUUAGUGAUAUAAAUGGAGAAUGAGGAUGUUCCAUCUGCUCCUUCAACCCCAGCAACACCAGGGACUCCUGGUGCUCCUCUCUUUGGGGGGUUUAGGGGAGAUCAGAAGGGUGGGAUCAGUAGAAAAUCCCUUCUCAAGAGCUGCAGAUGCUUCAGUGUGGAAGAAUGGUCCAUGGAAGAAGGGAGAUUACCCCCUGUUUCUUGUUCAUUGCCACCUCCUCCUGUCUCACUCACAAGAAAGGUGGGAGCUGAGUUCAUAGGUACUCUCAUCCUAAUCUUUGCUGGGACAGCCACAGCCAUUGUGAACCAAAAGACACAAGGCUCUGAAACACUCAUUGGCCUGGCUGCCUCCACCGGCCUUGCUGUCAUGAUUGUUAUACUCUCCACUGGUCACAUCUCGGGAGCACAUCUCAAUCCAGCAAUCACCAUUUCCUUUGCUGCACUCAAACACUUUCCCUGGAAACAUGUACCAGUCUACAUUGGAGCACAGGUAAUGGCAUCACUAUGCGCUGCAUUUGCACUAAAGGGAGUGUUUCACCCAUUUUUGGGAGGGGGAGUCACAGUUCCUUCAGGCGGAUUCGGUCAAGCUUUUGCUUUGGAGUUUGUUAUUAGCUUCAAUCUCAUGUUUGUUGUCACUGCUGUGGCCACCGACACUAGAGCUGUGGGAGAGCUGGCGGGAAUCGCGGUUGGAGCUACUGUCAUGCUCAAUAUACUCAUAGCCGGACCAUUUACAGGUGCUUCAAUGAAUCCAGUAAGAACAUUGGGGCCAGCCAUAGCAGCAAAUAACUACAAAGCUAUAUGGGUCUACUUCACUGCUCCCAUCCUGGGGGCGCUAUGUGGUGCAGGAACCUAUACUGCUGUCAAGCUGCCCGAGGAAGAUGGUGAAAAGCCUUUAACUGUGAGGAGCUUCAGGAGGUAAUUAGCAUCCAUCAAUGACCUGCACGAUCCAGGACUUCAUGAGGAAACAUAGCAGAUGAACGGGGAGCAAUUUCAUAAUUGUGACACAUUGGAAUUUGGAUAUAAAUAAGUGAAUUGUGUGUAUCGAUCAUAUAUAUAUAUAUAUACAUGUAUAACAGUGUAGUCAAGCUCUAGAUGUUCCUGAAAAAUUGGGAGAAAAAGAUACAAGAAAUUGGCAUUUGACUUUCAUUGGCGAGUGUAUAUUGGAGUUUGGCUGGGUUAAAAAAGAUGGGGAACGACUGAAAAUAGGAGGAAGAAACAGGAUGUGGUUUAGGGCUUUCAACCCUUGUUCUCUAGGGGCAAAUGACCAGGAAAAAAGGGUAUUGUGUAGGCCUUUUCUCUCCUCUUCCAGUGUUUUUUUCCCACCUAUUUCCCUCCCCCUCUUAAAGGCCAUGUAAAAGCGGAGAAAUGAGAAAUGAAGAUUGGAUCUCUUACAGUGUUUCUCUUCCUCCUAUUCAAGACUCUUUAGCUCCUUGUUGAACCACAUUAUUCAGAUAUGCAGUUUUGCACA